AUGAAUCACAAAAUCGAUAUUUUUUUGUACAUUUGUAAAAUGGAAAAUAAAUUAAAGGUAGAGAAAGACUUAAUAAAGAAACUUAUACCAACACAAAAAAAGUUCAGUAAAAAUAUGGUAGUUAAAUAUGUUUUGUAUAACUAUAAAACGAAAAAAUCUUUAAUAAAAAAAAAUUGGAAUAUUAAUUACAUUUUGAAUAAGACAAAGAAGAAGAGGAAAAACAAGGAAGCUGCACAUGAUAAGAACAUAUCUGACAAACUUGAUGGUGAAAAGAAGGAAGUAACACACGAGCACAAUUUUACUGACUCGCAUGGAAAUCCUAUGAACAAUUUAUUAAUUGAAAAAAGUAGUGGAGUAAAUAAUAAUUCAAGUUCUUAUAAAAAAUUGCUUAACAAGAUAAUCCGAAAUGUAAAAAAUGGAAGAAAUACGACCAUAGUAAAUACUGGGGUAGACACACAGAAGGGUGAAAAAAAUGUCUUUCUUUAUGGUCACUUGUUUAAGAAAUAUUUAGGAAACGGCAAUAAAAAAAGAGGGGGAAAUGUGGAAAUGUCAAAAUGUGGUGAGACAGAGGAACAUAUUAACAAACAGAAUAUAGAAGAGUUAGAAGAAGUGAAGAAAAAUAAAAUAUCAGAGGAAAAUUUAAAAGGAGAUUGUGCUGUUAAGAAAAGCAAAAAUAGCUAUGAAAAGAGUAAAAUGUUUGAAGACUAUUUAAAAAAAAAGAGAGGACUAAUUUUAGACAUAUAUGAUUAUGUUGUAAUAUUGAACAAUGAGAACACUAAAAUAUCAAUUUCAUCAUGGGCAUACAAAAAUAGCAAAAUAAUCGAUAUGAUAAAAGUAAAGUCUUUUAAGGAAACAAAUAGAAAAAGUAAUAGAAGUAAUAAAACAACCCCCUUUUGUCAUAGAUGUUUUAUAAAAAAAUAUUUUGACAGUACUAAUUUUAAUUACCCCAAAUGUUGUAAAAAUUUACCCGCAAAAAAGGUAGUAAAAAAUGGAGAACAUUUGAGGGAAUGUUUGAAACGCAUUAUUAGGAAGUGUGUAGAAAUAAUUAAAAGAGGAAGAGGAAAAACACUUAACGUAUGCUUUAUUUUUAAGUAUAAAAUUACCAUAAACAAUCAACAUACAUCUAUACAUCUGAUUAAUUUUCCUCUUUGUAAUAUAGAAAAGAAUAAAAUUUUUUAUAAUAGCAAUAAUGAGAAAACGUUACUAUUUUUAUUUAAUAAAAAGAUUAUAAACUCGGUAAAAAAUAUUAAUGAUUAUUCUAAUUUUAUAUUUCCUUUUAACAAUUCGCAAGAGUGUCAGAGAGCUCUUAAUUUAAAGAAAAAAAUUAUUUAUUUUGUUAGUCAUCGAAAAUGCCUCUUUGAAAAGGAGGAAAAAGUUGGAACAAAUGAAACCCUCAUAGAUAUCCAACAAAAAGAAGACAGUAUUUUAAACGAUUAUUAUACAACUAAAGAAAUGAAUAAUAAUAGGGAGAAAACAUUUACGAAGUAUAAUAAAAAAGAAAUAAUUUUUCAUAUGCAUCUUUUCGAAAUACUAAUUAGACUUAUAUUUAAAAAUUCGAAAACAUACUUUACAUUUUUUAUCAGUGAACAAACCUAUGAUUUUGAGUUUUACAAAAAUAUAUAUUAUCUUAAUUUAAGCAAAGUUGUUAAUGUGAAAAUAAAACUGAAGAAGGAUAUGAAAAGAAGGAUGAUAAAAAAAGUCAAAAAAAAGGCUAAUAAAAAAGUCAAAAAAAAGAUGAAAAAAGAAAAAAAUAAUAAAACAACAGAAAAAAGGAACAUUUUAUGUAGUAACGAUGGGGGAAGUCUGUUUAAUACCUUGUUAAAAGAAAAUGAUGAUUGCAAAAAUAUAAUAAAUGAAAAGGAUAAAAAAAUAUUUAAUUUACAAAACGAGGUGCAAGAAAAGAAUAAAAUAGUAUCAAAUCUUGAAAUGGAAAUUACAAAAUAUAAAAGCGAACAUUUUGAAAAGAUCAAAAUUAUAGAAAGUUUGAAAAACAAAAUCUCAAAAAAAGAAGCAACUAUAUAUGAUAAUUCUAUAGAUGAUCAAGUAAUGAAAAAUUCUAAUUAUGUAAAGAAAUUAUAUAAUGAAAAUAAUUUAUUAAAGGAAAAAAUGAAAAGGUUAAACAGUUCAAUUAAGAAGGACAAAAUUUAUUCAAAUACGAUUGGAACGCUUCCUAACACGAAAGAAAGUUCUAAGGCCAUCAUACCCUCAACUACUGAGAAUGCGAAAGAAAAAGAUCAAAACGACAAAUUAAGUUUUUUUCUGAAAGCUUUUUUAGAUACGGAACAGAAAUUAUACACAGCUGAUGUAGUAAUAAACACCCAGAAGGAAAUCAUAGCAAGAAUUAAAAAGGAGAAAAAUAAUUAUUUUGAGGAAGUGGAAAGGAGAAAAACUGUUUUUAAAAAGGAAAUGGAAAGAUCUCUGGAUUUUAUAUACUCCAUUUGUGAAGAUAUAAAAACAAAGAAAGAAAAGAUAUGCUUAACGAAUAGAAUAAAUAAAUUACAUGAUUCUAUAAAUGACUUUUUAGGUAAAUUUGAAAAAAAUUAUUAG